CGUUCCAUGAAUGAGCCGAAACGGUAUCUCUUAGCUAAUAUACCAAACAACAACAAGCACCACGCAAUAUGGAAAAGGGCCGGCUCUAUCACUGUGACGUGUGUUCAUCUGACUGCUCGAACAGAAUCCGGAUCAAAUGCGCCAUUUGCACAGACUACGAUCUCUGCGUGCCUUGUUUUGCGUCGGGCUCCACCACGCUAGACCAUAAGCCAUGGCAUGACUAUCAGAUCAUCGAGCAAAACACGUAUCCUAUUUUCGAUAAAGACUGGGGCGCCGACGAGGAAUUGAAUCUUAUUCAGGGAUGCGAAACCUUCGGAUUGGGCAACUGGCAAGACAUUGCGGACCACAUUGGCCACCGGUCCAAAGACGAGGUUGCCCUGCACUAUACGAAGAUAUACUUGGACUCCAAGGAGUACCCACUACCGGAAAUGGACAAGGAUUUCUCGCAGAUCUCCGCGGGCGGGUUUCUAAAAAACAGAAAGGCCCGUUUGGAGGAGCGCAAAAUGAUGCCGUUGCCGCCACCGAAACCCAAGCCUGCCGUUUCGGUGCCGCUUUGCCACGAAUUGCAGGGCUACAUGCCGGGCCGGCUAGAAUUUGACCACGAGGCGGAGAACGAAGCCGAGGUGCCCAUCAAAGAUAUGAUUUUCGACCCGGAGGACUCUGCGGGUGACAUCGAGUUGAAGUUGACGAUUUUGGACAUCUACAAUUCCAGACUUACUACGCGUGCCGAGCGCAAGCGCGUGUUGAUUGCCAACGGCUUGCUUGAGUACCGCAGAAAUAUCUCCAAUGACAAGCGCAAAUCAAAAGAGGAGAAGGAGUUCAUGAAGAGAAUCAACGCGUUCGUGCGUAUCAUGACACCGCAGGAUUUCGAGGACUUUUCGACCGAUCUUCUCACGGAGUUGCGGUGCCGCAUGCGUAUCCACCAGUUGCAGACAUGGCGCCGCAAUGGCAUCACCACGCUCGAAGAUGGCAACAAGUUCGAGAAGGAUAAGUUGAUCCGCCUGGCGCACUACCAGCGGAUGGGCAAUGGCCUGGGCCUUGCAGCACGGACCGCCGCACUGCUGCUAGCGUCCAAUGGAGUCCGGAAACUGAGCACGCCGCAGCCUCCGUACAAACCCAAGAUUAACACCAGCAAUGUGCGGGCACCGCUCGACCUUUCACACGCAACCGACUUCGACUUGCUUUCGGCGGAGGAAAAGCAGUUGUGUUCUGCGCUCCGCAUCUUGCCCAAACCUUACUUUGCCAUCAAGACGCAGCUCAUGAAGGAGGCGAUCAAAAACAACGGCGUGCUCAAGAAGAAAGACGCGCGGCAGUUCUUGAAGAUCGACGUUAACAAGGCGUCGAAGAUCUACGAAUUCUUUGUGCACAUGGGCUGGUGCUCCCAGGGAUAAACUAUGUGCAAGCGACAUUCGGCUUCCCGGAACGGGAGGCCACUUUUGCGAUACCGGUAUGAUUGGGGCGUGCGGGUCCAGAGACCAACACAAACGCAUGUCUUUGUCUUCAUCAUCGGCGAUACUUUGGCGCUUUGAAAAACAUAUUACCGCACGAAUGCAUGUGUCUGCUUGGCAAUCUUGUCUGUAUCUGGUUUACUUGUUGAGCUGAUGCGUGCUCGGUGGUACACAUAUUCGGGACACAGCAGUGACAUGAAGACCAGAAAUCAAAACAUCUGAUGAUGUGUUUCUACGGCUAAUUGCUUCUAA